UGUCAUGAGUCCCAAAUAGAAACUCUCCCACAGACCAACAGUCAUGCUAUUAGCACGCAGGUCCACAGUCCAAUUCCUCACCCAGUUCUCCCGUCUUGCAGCCAUCCACACUACUCGCAUAGCUCGGGAGAAGGGCCACAAUCCAGAUUCAUACGCCAAAGACGUUGACUUUACACCUCCGUCUGAUUCGAAAAUUUACCGGAUCGAUCCAGACUCACAUAGUGCGCAGAAGCCGUAUGAGCCGCCGUCGAGUCAGUGGAGUGAAGUUGGUGCGAAGAGCGCAAUUGAAGUGGGGUACCAGACAAUGAGCAAGAAGGAACCGUACAAGCAGCCUGGACCUAAGGAAAGAUAUGGUGCUGUGCCGGAGUUGAAGGAGGGCGAGGGCCUUGCGAGUGGUCCGGGGGUGGAAAAGAAGGGCAAGUAGCUGGAGGUGGGACGAAGAUGAGAAUGGAAGAGCUGGCUCAUUUGUGAGUUUAUUCUUUAACGGCUUCUUCCACUUAGUGUUGACUUCAAGAAAACAGAAGCUUGUUAAAUUGAGAAUGUACUGUUACUUUGUGUCAUGGGUGUUUGCGAACAUUAUGUGUUGAAUUAUUUACGUGCCAGUUCAACUGUACUUACUGUUUCGGUUGUGUCAGAAUAAAAGCCCGAAUUUGUUAUGUUUGCCGACAGGGUGAUGUUUUUGCAGCCGAGGGCGCUGGCGCUCGGCGUAUUAGACGGGAGAAAUUUUACAUAAAUUCAGUAACAACAACCUUGCGAUC